UGUCUGGAACGCAGCAUUAUGCCAUAUAAGAUGAUUGACAGCUGUAGGCCGAAUGAAUCAGUCAUAACUGACAAAAAACCCGGAACAGGAGAGACAGAGCUCUGAACGCUCUUUCAGCUCUUCAGGUUGCAUAAUUCAGUGGGAAAUUACAGUAUAUUCUGUAUGAUGCAAUAUUUUGCAAACAUGUGAGAAUAAAUCUCUCCAAAUAUGCACACUUUUGGACUAGGAGCCCUAACGAACGCUGUCUAGUUCAUCCAUGUGAACAUAAAUAAAUCGCAGCAGACGUGGGUUUAUAUGCGUGUUGUUAUUCUGUUCAAAAUAUGAAAAAUUUGCAGAUUUGUUAUUUAGCACUCCUGACAUAAAUUAAGAAAUUAAUGUCACUGCAUCCUAGUUUUAUCAUAAACUGGUCAAAUAUCGAAGCUGGACUCUUAAAUCUUUCGAAUGGUACUCAGUUUGUCCAGCUCAAGUAAGAUUGUGAUGUUUUAACGUGCAGUGAAUUUUGAACAACAGAAUCUGUGGCCGUCAUGAUCUUUGUAUGUAAAGGGGUUAAGAUAUGCUUUUGGUAUAUUUUGGAUCAAAUAAAUGCAGCCUUGGUGAACAUAAGAUACUUCUUUUAAAAACAUCAAAAAAAUAUGUUUUGACGUUUUGCACAUUUUGUAUGUACACUUACUGAUGUGUUAUUUUAGACACAGCAGCUUGUGGACAGGACUUUUAUUUUGGUCUCUGGCGAUAUGAGGUCAUUAGGCUGCACCGCGUCCCUGCAUCUGUUGUGAUUCGACUGUAGGGAGGACAGACAGUGUCAAAACACACUCCUGGUGAAGCAAGUGAGAUCCAUGUGACACACUAUUAUAAAGAUGGCGUUUAUUAAAGAGGAGAGUGAAGACCUGAGGAUUGAAGAAGUAUUCAGUCUGAAACAAGAAGACACUGAUGAACAAACGGACCUUAUGGUGCUGAAAGAGGAGAGUGAAGUACUGAAUGAAAUGGAAAAGAAAGUUCAGUUUGAGAAACAUCAUAAAUUCAUAAAUGGAGAAAAUGUUUUUAGUUGCUCACAGACUGAAAAAACUUCCUCACCAAGAAGAGCUAAAAAAGAGACAGGAACUAGAAGUUAUUUAACCUGCCCUCAGUGUGGAAAGAGUUUCAAUCAACAUAGAAACCUUAAAGUCCACAUGAGAAUUCACACUGGAAAGAAGCCCUUCACCUGCCAACAGUGUGGGAAAAGUUUCAACCGAAAAGGAAACCUUAAUUACCACAUGAAAAUUCACACUGGAGAGAGCCCUUUCACUUGCCAACAGUGUGGAAUAAGCUUCACUCAAAAAGGAAACCUUAACAGGCACAUGAGAAUUCACACCGGAGAAAAGCCUUAUUCAUGCCCUCGGUGUGGAAAGAGAUUUGAUCAACAUGGAAACUUUAAAGUCCACAUGCAAAUUCACAGUGGAGAGAGCCCUUUCACCUGUCAACAGUGUGGAAAAGGUUUCAACCAAAAAGGAAACCUUGAUUAUCAUAUGAGUAUUCACACUGGAGAGAAGCCUUCCAUAUCGCUGUGUGGAAAGAUUGUCCAUCAAGAUGGAAACCUUAAAGCCCACGUGAAAAUUCAUACGGGAGAAAGCCCUUUUACUUGUCAACAGUGUGGAAUAGGGUUCACUCAAGAAGGAAUUCUUAAAAGGCACAUGAGAAUUCACUCUGGAGAGAAGCCAUACAUGUGCCCUCAAUGUGGAAAGAGAUUUGAUCUACAUGGAAACCUUAAAAUGCACAUGAAAAUUCAUACAGGAGAAAGACCUUUUACCUGUCAACAGUGUGGAAAAAGUUUCAAUCGAAAAGGAAACCUUAAUUACCACAUGAAAGUUCACACUGGAGAGAAGCCUUAUUCAUGUCCUCAGUGUGGAAAAAGUUUCAAACAACAUAGAAACCUGAAAGUCCACAUGGGAAUUCACACUGGAGAGAAGCCUUACACAUGCCCUCAGUGCGGAAAGAGUUUCAAUCAAAAUAAAAACCUUAAAAUCCACAUGAAAGUUCAUUCCGGAGAAAGACCUUUUACCUGUCAACAGUGUGGAAAAAGUUUCAACCGAAAAGGACACCUAAAUUACCACCUGAAAGUUCACACUGGAGAGAGCCCUUUCACUUGCCAACAGUGUGGAAUAAGUUUUACUCAAAAAGGAAGCCUUAACAGGCACAUGAGAAUUCACACUGGAGACAAGCCUUAUUCAUGCCCUCGGUGUGAAAAGAGAUUCUAUCAACAUGUAAACCUUAAAGUCCACAUGAGAAUUCACACUGGAGAGAAGCCCUACACAUGCCCUCAGUGUGGAAAGAGAUUUGAUCAACACGGAAACUUUGAAGUCCACAUGAGAAUUCACACUGGAGAGAAUCCUUCCAUAUCACAGUGUGAAAAUAUUAUCAAUCAAGAUGGAAACCUUAAAGCCCAAAUGAAAAUUCAUACGGCAGCGAACCCUUUUACUUGUCAACAAUGUGGAAUAGGGUUCACUCAAAAAGUUUUCCUUAAGAGGCACAUGAGAAUUCACACUGGAGAGAAGCCUUACACAUGCCCUCAAUGUGGAAAGAAAUUUGAUCAACAUGGAAACCUUAAAGUGCACAUGAAAAUUCAUACAGGAGAAAGACCUUUUACCUGUCAACAGUGUGGAAAAAGUUUCAACCGGAAAGGAAACCUUAAUUACCACAUGAAAGUUCACACUGGAGUGAAGCCUUAUUCAUGUCUUCAGUGUGGAAAGAGUUUCAAUCAACAUAGAAACCUUAAAGUCCACAUGGGAACUCACACUGGAGAGAAGCCUCACACAUGCCCUCAGUGUGGAAAGAGUUUCAAUCAACAUAGAAACCUUAAAAUCCACAUGAAAGUUCAUUCAGGAGAAAGACCUUUUACCUGUCAACAGUGUGGAAAAAGUUUCAACCGAAAAGGAAACCUAAAUUACCACAUGAAAGUUCACACUGGAGAGAGCCCUUUCACUUGCAAACAGUGUGGAAUAAGUUUCACUCAAAAAGGAAGCCUUAACAGGCACAUGAGAAUUCACACCGGAGACAAACCUUAUUCAUGCCCUCGGUGUGAAAAGAGUUUCUAUCAACAUGUAAACCUUAAAGUCCACAUGAGAAUUCACACUGGAGAGAAGCCCUACACAUGCCCUCAGUGUGGAAAGAGAUUUGAUCAACACGGAAACUUUAAAGUCCACAUGAGAAUUCACACUGGAGAGAGCCCUUUUAACUGCCAACAGUGUGGAAAAAGUUUCAACCGAAAAGGAAACCUUGAUUAUCACAUGAGAAUUCACACUGAAAAGAAGAGUUCCAUAUCACAGUGUGGAAAGAGUAUAGAUCAAGAUGGAAACCUUAAAGCCCACAUGAAAAUUAAUUCGGUAGAAAACCCUUUUACUUGUCAACAGUGUGGAAUAGGUUUCACUCAAAAAGUAAUCUUUAAGAGGCACAUGAGAAUUCACACUGGAGAGAAGCCCUACACAUGUCCUCAGUGUGGAAAGAGUUUCAGUCAACAUAGAAACCUUAAAAUCCACAUGCAAGUUCAUUCAGGAGAAAGACCUUUUACCUGUCAACAGUGUGGAAAAACUUUCAAACGAAAAGGAAACCUUAAUUACCACAUGAGAGUUCACACUGGAGAGACCCCUUUCACUUGCCAACAGUGUGGAAUAAGUUUCACUCAAAAAGGAAGCCUCAACAGGCACAUGAGAAUUCACACUGGAGACAAGCCUUUUUCAUGUCCUCAGUGUGGAAAGAGUUUUGAUCAACAUGGAAACCUUAAAAUCCACAUGAGAGUUCACACUGGAGAGAAGCCCUACACAUGCCCUCAGUGUGGAAAGAAAUUUCAUCAACGUGGAAACUUUACAGUUCACAUGAGAAUACACAGUGGAGAGAGCCCUUUUACCUGCCAGCAGUGUGGAAAAAGUUUCAACCGAAAAGGAAACCUUAAAUACCACAUGAGAAUUCACACUGGAGAGUAGCCUUUUCACCUGCCAAGAUUGUGGAAGUUUCAAGUCCUUAUCAGACACAUGAGAAUUUGCACCAGAGAUAUGCUGUUUAUAUGUGGUCAGUGUGGAUAGUUUCAAAUGACCAAAAUAUGCUGUUCAAAAUGAAGAAAUUAAAAAUUGUUACAUUACAGGUCGUAAUGUUAUUUGUUUUAGUUUUUGAUUGCCACACUGUGUAUAUACAUGUUAUAUUCACCUUAUUCCACCCCGCCCACUUUUAAUACAUCCGACUUCCACUAAACUGACGCACCGCAUCCGGUAGCUAGUUCAGUAGUUAGAAGAUUGUUUAUAGCAAGCUAUUACUUUAGGUAUUUCUCGGGGUAAGGGUGUUCGUCAGGUACAAAUGGUACAAACACACAUAAGGGUGCUUGGGUGGGCACUUCAAGUUUAGCGCCUUCAGCCAUUGCCUCAGGUGCUCCUCAUCUUUAGGUGGUGGGUGUAAAUUGUAAAGUGCAGUGCAACACUCCAACAGCUUCACCUUGUGUUCAUAACAUCGUUGGUGCAACCCCUAACCAAACAUAUAAUACUUGACAUUUGAUUUAUUACCGUUACAGAAAUAGGAUUAUGGCUAGCGACUAGCUUAGGUCCCUCCUUGCCAGACGUAGAAGUCCCUCUCAGCUGGAAGUAAGAUAACAAAACGAACGAAUUGGCGUCACCCUUGUUGUCGUGGAAAAUAAGGUGAAUACAUCUACUCUAAAACACGCCCUUAACAUGCCUCUCUGCAACGAACGUCACACAUCCCCACCAUUUCACCAGCAUGGGGAUAGCUGACUGAAAAUGAGCUAGGUCGCAAAAUAAGUUAUUACAAUAAAAAGUUUUACAGUGCCAGUAAUUUAUUAAUUUGUGUCAGGAGUGUAUAUCAAAAAAACAAUUCUUAAUCAAAUAGUAUUACUUAUUAUCGCACAUAAAAAGAGAAAACACACUUAAUAAGUUGUGCCUGCUUCCAUUUAUUUGUGAUCAAAGGAACAGUCCUUUUUAAGCUUUUAAGUCCAGACUCUUACGCAUUUAGAAAAACAAUAAUAAAUGUUUGUCACAUUUCUUUAGAAAGAAUGAGCAUUUCUAUUAAUUUUUCCAUGAAAUUAUGCGAUCUGAGGAGGUUUGAGCAAACUCUCGUCUCAAUAUACUGUUAUCCUUUCAGCCAGAACAACAGAGGGAGUGGACAGAAAACAGGAGUUAACCAGAGUACAUGGAAUGUGAAGGCAUUUUUUAAAUUAAUCAUAAUUUUUAUAAUUUUUAAUUCCUUUUCUUGCAUGAUUAACAUAUUUAUAUGCUUUUGAAUACUAAAAGUCCCCAACACUUGGGCCAAAGUUAGUGUGUUGAAAUAACGAAUGCAGAUGGACAAGACUAGACAGCUGUCUAAAUAUAUAACCUCAUGACUUGAGUAAGAAGCUGAAGUAAUUAAGAAAUGAUUCAGAUAAUUUAUUAUACCAUGUUAUAAAUUGCAUGUUAUAGAUUGCAGAACUUGCCCUGAGCAUGUAUGUCAAGCUGUGUGAGAGAGUACACAUUUUAGCUUAUGGAUGGUGUUUUCUAUUGUGUUUGUUGCAUAUUUUGAUGCCUUUAUGGCAGGAGUAGGGGGCUCCUCUACUGAAGGCCAACCAAUUUCACUGUCAUGGAUGAUGAUGGCAUUCCGUUCAGAGCCAAACUGUUCCUAGUUUUGGUUUUGUUCAAACCCACCGUGGAGAACACUCUCUCGGCAUCUGCUUUCGAGUGGGGAAGAACUAAAACCAGUUUGGAAAUCUUAGACUGUCUUCCAAAUCUGCUCAAACCAGUCAACAUCCUCUGAUCUGGCAACCCCUUUAUUGGGCUGACCCUUUGGUGCCCAGAAUGAAAUGAUACUCUUUUGCUUUUUCCCUGACAUUUGUGUCCAUUCACUUCGAAUGGAGCCACUUGGUGACCUUUUGUUCAAGGCAUUUUGUUUUGUGGAAGGAACACCACCUCUUCCUUCUCGACAAGUCCCACAUGCACCAAAUCCCAGCUGGUGCAGGUGUCGAAAGAGGAGAGGGCUUGUGUAGAAAUUGUCGCAGUAAAUCACGAAACCUGACGCCAGGUAGUCUUAAAGUAGACCGCUUUUUGAAUUAGGUAUUUUGACUAGCUGCUAUGUGUUCCACUGCAUCACAAACUUGUGAACUUCUCGUAUUUCGUGACUUUUGCAAACAAGUUGUCCUUGGAAUUUGCCUAUAACUAGUAUCUUCACAAAUUAUGCAGAAACAUAUAUGUUUGUGUGUGUAUAUGCAUAAAAAUUUGUUUCUCUGAAAGGUGGACAUAUCAGUAGGAACAGAAAGCGAACGGGAAUUGAAGCCAGCUUUUGAUGCCUUAACUGAAGCCAUGACCACCCAAUUUGAACAAGAAGCCAAGCUGCAGCUUCAAAAGCAGGCGUCUCAACAUGAACAUGAAUUAAGGCUGUUUAAUAUCUUUGAAUACUUUUUCCACUGGUCAACACUCAUGUCAUGUGCAUCCCAACAUCGACCCCUGAGGAACGCCACAUAUUAAAGGGGCCAGUGUGGAGGAAAAGUCUUCUCUGUUGGAAAAUUCACAGCUACUAUCAUGUCCUAUAAAUACGAGGCAAACCACUGAAUUGGGACACCAACCCAACAUAUGGUUCAGAAGAAUCUCAUGGUCAAUCGUAUCGAAGGCAGCACUUAGAUCUAAUAAAACUAGAACAACAUGUGAAUCCAAAGACAAUAUUAUAUCAUUAGUAACCUUACGCAAUGCAGAUUCUGAGCUGUAAUGGGUUCUAAUGCCCAACUGGAAUGUGUCUAAAAUAUUAAAAGUACUCCAACAUGAGUAGA